CACACAAAAAUAUACACCCUCCAACUUGCAGAAGCAGACAUAAGACAACCAUUAUACUGCUUUACAGCCCACACAUAUCCGAAAAUUAUAUCAAGUUAAACACCUUCUCUCUCUCUCUCUCUCUCUCUCUCGUCCUUGUUAACAUAUAUUUUUUUUUCUGUGCUUCUUCAGAAUUUUGCCUUUCGCUCGUCCCUGUUUGGAACAUCAAAAGGAUAAUUUUUUUUCUUUGCUCAGAAAAAAAGUAGAUUUUUUUUUUCCCUUUUGGGUUGUGGGUCUUGUAUUUACUGCUAUAUAUUGAUGAUUGAAUUGGGUGGUUUGGUAGAGGUGAGAGGGGAGUGAGUGAUUGGGGUGUAUGUCCAUGUAAUAACCUCCGAAAGUGUUGUCGGCGCAUGGUCACUUUCUGUCGGCAUUGUCUGUAUCCAACGAUGAGAGAGAGGGAGAGUGAGCGACUGAGUGAGAGCAUUUUCAUUAAUUUAUUCCAAAGUACAACAACGAAGUUUGAUAGAUAGAUUAUAGAUAGGUUGAAAGGCUUCUGGGGUUACUCAGAGAGCGGCCAGCAUCUGUAUCAUCACCCAGUACCCACUGAAGAAGCAUCUUGAUUUGGACCUGGGCUGGCUGUCUCGUGCUUUGUCUUUGUACCAACCGAGACUUCAAGAUGUGGUCGUGAUCGCGAGUGGGUUUCAUUGCUUCUUUUAUGCCUCAAACACCAUUUUCAUAUCUUGAUUUGGUAGAAUACUCGAGGUAUCUUCUUGAUUUGAUUGCUGGCUUUUGCCUUUGAUCGAGGAGGAUUCAAUUUCAAUGGGGGAAUGUGUGUGAAUAUUGAUUUGGGUGGUACUUGUAUUAGAAGACUCAUUCUUUUUGUCAUUGGGCCUUUGGCAAAUGAAGCUGCGGUUCUUAGAGAUCUGGCUACAUUACUUCUCCGGGAAUACAGGUUCAAUGUACAACAAAUUGUAUCCCAAUAAUACUCUACAGCAUAGCUGAAGUGGUUCCCAUACCAGAUGUCAGGGCAUCUUGCAGCAAUAAUAGGAGGUGCUGCAGGGGCCGUGGCAUUGGUGGGGAUAGUUAUCUUCUUUAUAUGGUUCUGUCUUUGUCACAAAAGAAGCGUUUCAAGAACUUCUGAGACAGGGUCCUCUGAUCCGUCUAUUCAAGUGGGAAGACAUGUUGGGGUUGAGUUGUCAUUACGAGAAACAAGGCGUUUUGAGAUGGAAGAAUUGUCUGUUGCCACAAAACAUUUCAGUGAUAAAAAUUUAAUCGGGGAAGGAAAGUUUGGGGAGGUAUAUCAGGGAUUGCUUAAUGAUGGGAUGCAUGUGGCCAUCAAAAAGCGACCUGGAGCACCUAGCCAGGAAUUUAUUGAUGAGGUACUCUACCUUUCACCUAUUCGGCAUCGGAAUCUUGUGAUUCUAUUGGGCUACUGCCAGGAAAAUAAUCAGCAGUUUCUCGUAUAUGAAUAUAUACAUAGUGGAAGCGUCUCCAGUCACUUGUAUGGAACGGGUCAACAUUCACGCGAAAAGUUAGAUUUCAAGCAUAGAGUUGCAAUAGCUCUAGGGGCAGCUAAAGGUUUGGCUCAUCUUCACUCUCAGAGUCCCCGUUUGAUACAUAAGGAUUUCAAGACGGCCAAUGUUCUUUUUGAUGCAAAUCAUAUAGCUAAGGUUGCAGAUGCAGGACUUCGUAAUUUCCUCGGAAGAGUUGAUAUAGCAGGCCCAUCUUCUCAAGUGACAGCAGAUGAGAUAUUCCUGGCCCCGGAAGUGCGAGAGUUCAGACGGUUUUCUGAAAAAAGUGAUGUAUACAGUUUUGGGGUAUUCCUACUGGAGCUAGUAAGCGGGCAGGAAGCAACGGAACCACCUUCUUUUGACUCAAGUCAGAACCUGGUUGAAUGGGUGCAAAAUAAUCAAGAAUAUAGCAAGUUUUCAAACAUCAUCGAUCAAAGAUUGGAGAAUACCUUUACAGCUGAAGUUAUGGAAGAGGUUAUACAACUGAUAGUUCGAUGUGUGGAACCUUCGAGCGAGAGGCGACCUGCCAUGAGCUAUGUGGUUAUGGAACUUGAGCGGUUACUUGAGAAAGAGCAGAGGUUGACAACAGUCAUGGGGGAAGGGACAGAAACAGUGAUCCUCGGAAGCUACUUGUUUAGAGCAACAAAAUAAAAGACAUUUGUUUACCAUAAUGUUGAGUGUGAUAUUUGUGAAAUAAUGUUUUUACUCUUUUUUAAAUUGUUUUUGUUUUUUGAAACACGAGAGAAGAAGAAAUCCAGCUGUUUGAUAAGUGUAUAAAGAACAGCUGUAGAAUUUUUUAUUUUUUUUUCUUUUUCUUUUCAUAAAUGUAUGAGCACCCUUGUUGUAAACCAUUAUUUUUGUUAAUAUCACAGUGAAGUUUGGGGUUGG